CCCUAAAAUCUGUGCCGUGUCAAUGUCCUGCAUCAUAGCUUUAAGAAAAAAGGCAGAGAUGCAAAUUUUCCUGAGCAUGUCUAUUCUUGAAAACACUUAUGUGGCACAGUGUAAAGUGUAUUUUGAAAAACAGGUUUCUUUUUGGUGUGAGUGGGUGGGGAUUAUGAUAAUAUCAGCUCAGGUUACGCAAAUGUUUGCCCUCUCUCUAUUAGCAAUAAGGAAGACUGCAAUGGAUUGUCAGAGCGGUUGACCUGAUAUGGGAGAGCUUGCUGGAGAGCCUCACCUAACUGUUUUCUGGCUUCCGAGUGGGUGUUAGAGCGUGCAGUAUCCAUACUGGCACAGACCUUGGGUUCGUGGCAGAGCAGAGACACAGAAGCACCAGCCUGCAACUAUUCCAUAAUACUAACAGCUGGAUCAAGCUAUACAGUUUCUUUGUCAGUACCAGAAAUGGUACAAUUGACUGCGCAAAGCUACAGAAGAUCCUUGCAAGAAUUUUCUGAAAGCCUGGUUAUGUCAAGAUGCAACAGCCUCAGAUGUUCCCACUCUCACACUGGUGGACCACAGAGCAUCACUGAAUGGCUGUCACUGUGUGAAAAGGAUCCAGUGGAGAUUCUCCUUGAUUUGGGGUUUGGUACAGAGGAACCCGAUGUCUGCACUAAAAUCCCUUCGAGGUUCCUCAGUGGUUCUUCUGUGGCAAAAGGUAUUGACAUCCGAGUCUUUUUGGAAGCUCAAAAGCAGCGGAUGGACAUUGAGCUGCCAAACCUGUAUGGACGUUUUCGACAACUGGAAGUACUUGACCACAUCACCAGUGCCCUCUCAUCUUUGCUGACUGAUGUGAACACCCAGCAGACCAAAGCACAGGAAGCUGGUGGGAAUGUGACCGGUCAUUUGAAUGCUGUGAAGAGCAGAUCUGUGGUCACACAGGUGAAGAGGAGAAGAAUAGGUCAGCUCCUGAGAAGGGCUUCUAGGCAGACAGCACUACUGAACUUGGGCUCGCUGGCACCUGAGGAAGUCAGCAUGCCAGGCACAGAAGAUCAGCCUCACCUUUGUGUGGAUAUUGCUGAGAAGGAACCAAUCCAGGCAGGAUUUUCUGCACAUGUUACCUUGCGCUGUCUGUCCCAGGAGCAAACCUGUAGAGACAAAAGUUCCUCAGCUUAUCCCAUAUCCCAGUGCCCGCCAGCUCUGCCAGGGAAAACCUGUGCUUCAUCGUGUUUAGUGACAAAACAGCUCCACCUUUCUUCUCCACGUGAGGCACCUGCCAAAGAUGGGCCAAGAAAAGAGCCCCAUUUGCUUUUGGCCCAGAUGCUCAAAAAAUUGGCAGGUCCAAACUGCAGGCUUCCAGAUUCAUUUGAAAUGGAAGAGAUUCAGAGCUUUGAGGAUGAAAUUCCAUGUGGAAAUACUCCUGACACCACCUCAACAGAGAUGAUGGUGACAAGAACAAGCAGCUGCCAGUCAGACAGCAGUGGGUUCAUGGAGGAGCUGCCAGAAUCUUUAGUACUGCAAAAUGUACCUUUGUCAGGAACGAGGAAUAUUUUUUCUGAUCUCUAUAACCAACGAACAGCUCUGUCCCAUACGACAGAGUUUCCUCUGUUAAAUCAAGAUUUCCAUCAAAAUCAAGAUGAUCGUGUUGGUGAAGUCUUCAUCAGAGCUUGUGAAAGCAUCGAGACAGUAUCUAGACCAACAAAAGCAUGCCGAGACCAGGGAGAAGAGAUUUCCCUUCUGCUGACUGUGGAAAAUGGCAAGCAUCAGUCCUGUAAUGCUGAGCUGCAGAGUUCUGUCCAAGACAGAGUAUGUGGCGUGGAAGAGUAUAAAACUGAAAGACAGCAUCUUGAAAAAGAGGAGUGCACAGAAGAGAACACUCCUUUCGAGGGUGAUACUCAAGAUGAAGGAGAUCUGGUCUCAUCAAAAUUUCAUUGUCAGCUUAAUUUCAGUACAGGACAUAAAAAUAUGAAUGCAGGCCUCACUGAACUGAGUGAUACAAACCCUGAGAGCAAGCUCGGAGGUGAUGAUGAAAGUGAGAGAGGCCUGAUGGAAAAAGGCAGUGAAGCCACAUGUCACAGAAAUGCCCACACAGACUGUACAGAAUGUGGUGAAGAACUGUGGUGGGGUGUGGAAGAGUUCAUCAGAAAUGGUGCCAUGCUUGCAGCAAAUGAGGUUACAAACAGGCAGAGGUUUUGUAAAAUGGGUGCUGAUGUGAAAAAAAUAAGAUGCUUCUCUAGAAGGGGGGUCCCAGAAACUCUGUGUAAGGGCUGUGCCGCUUCAAGCUGCUCUUCACAAGUGUCUCACAGGCCUCCUCUGUGCCGAGCAGGAGGGCCAGGGUUAAGUGCACCCAAUGAGCAAGAGAUAGGGGGCACAAGGGAAAUGUUAGGCACUAACAAACCAGAACUAGGGGACUCUGUCCAAAACUGUGAAAUGACUCGUACUCCUCUGACAUCUGUUACUGUUCAGAUGCCUUCAGGCCUGGAACUUACUUCAAGGGUGAAGUGCACUAGGCAAAAUGUUCCUUGCACUGAAAGCCUUGCUAGGGAUGACCGUGUGGACUCGUCUAAGGUGUCAGCACACUGCUCUGAGGGUGCUAGUCCCAUAUGGUCAGACCCAGGGGCUUCAGAGGACGCUGUGAAGCAGACCACUGACACCCCCAGCCAAACUGGAGAAAACAGGAAGACCAGGCAGCUGCCUGUGCUUUGCCCACCCCAUCGCCACCUGACAAAAUCAGCCUCCCUUGACACCAUGCUCUCUGGAAAAUACAAAUACAGGCCACACCACUGCAGUGAAACCUGCAGCAGUCCCUGCUGCCACUACUGCUGCUGCCAUGGUUGCUGUUGCUGCUGCUGCUUACGGACGUGUCCUGUGGCAGUUUCUCUCCAUAGCCCCAUGGGUUGCUGCUCAAACCAGGCUGCCAACAAGCUGAAGCUCCUGAGGACACUGACGUUUCUGCAGGAAAAUGCAAUGCAAAAUCUUCCUCUGUGUACUGACGAAAUAGAGUUGAUGAAGAUCUCCUGCCAGCACUUCCAUGAGAAGCUGGAUGAGAUUGAACGGCACCUGACCGAACAGCAGGCACUGUUUUCCAAUUGUAUGCCAGAAGAAGGAAGGGAGGAAAGCAGAAACCUGCAAUGCCUACAUCAAGCCAUUCGUCAGGAGAUGGCAGAGCUGGAACUCUGUCUGAGUGAUAGAGCUUACCAAGUCGGGGAGGGCAUCCUGAUGCAGCUGGACCAAUUACUGGUAGAACAAUCCCAUCUGUUUUCUGAGCUCGGACUUUCUGAUUGGAAGGGAGAAAGAAAUGCCCAGAAUAAACAAGCACUUCCAGAUGCUGCUGGUGCUAGAAGUGGGUGCUCAGAAGGGGUGCCCCAAAGAGCUGCUAGCAAAAACACCACAGAAGCAGACCUUCUCUCGGCCCUGAAGCCAGAGGCACCCUUAAUGCUGCUUCCUACCAGUACAGUGCCUGAGCCAAAUUCAUCCACACAGGAUCUGCAGGAGCCCUCCAUCAGUAAAAAAGAAAUGAAAGGACCUCCUCAAGCAAAAACCGAAUUUAAGGCCUUUAUACACAAUUUGAAGAAAUCUUUCCAAAAUCCUUUAGGUAACGAUUCAGCAGAAGGGAAAGACUGAUGGAUGACAGAGUGAUGGAUUUUGUUUCUAGUAACUGCGGCCUUUCUCCUUCAAUACGUGAUGCAUCUCAGAAACAAAUGAGCAAAACAUCGCUUUGUCGAGAGUUCUGAUCCUAGUAAUUUCAUUUGCAAUGAGAUGAUUGGCCAGAAACAUAGGCACCUUUAUGGAAUGUCUCAAAGAGGGGCACUGUGUGUUGUGCUAUUCCGUGAUUGCAGAACUUACUACAUUCCCCUCGGCCAUCAUCUGGAGUAGGGCAGUUCUUUGCAAAGGAGAGAGAGCUUAUUUUUAGAAGAAACUUGUGAAGGUCUCCUUACAGCCAAUUACAUUAAUAAAAUCAAUGCCAAUCCCCAAGUCCAAACUGCCUUGCAUACAGUCAUAGCCCCUUUCUACUUUUAACUACCUAUUAAAGUCUAAUUUGCCUCUGACUAAUUUGAUGAGUUUUGUAUCUAUUCUCAGUACCAAAUCAGAAGCAUACGUACAGUGUACAAGACCUUAAACACUCAUGCUGUCAAAACAUUACUGUGGAUCAUACACUGACUGUCCUGUUCAUUUUCAUAUUUAUUUCACAUAAAUCUAAUUAAAUAAUAUGAGACCAGAAACACAGGAUUUACUACAUUAUAAAACUUGAAUCAGAAUCCUAGUUUAGUUUUCUGGAGAGUGAGCAAAGCCUGGAUUCAUUUAGGAAAAAAAAAAGAAAGAAAAAAAAAAAAGGAAAAAGAAAAUAAAAAGACCUCUCUGAUUUGGAGUACAGAAAAGAAAUCCAACUAGUUCAUUUUCAAAGCAGUUUGUGCUCCUGCUUUCUGUUUAGCGCUUCCCAGACUGUGAGACGCCCUACUGGCUUGUUUAUUUAAUGCUCUGGAGGGAUCUUAGGUGUCAUUUAGGCUUUGGUGUUGCAAAUCACAGCUCUGCGAAGGUGCAAAUAGAAGGAGCAUUUGCACAUGUUCAAGGAGAAAAUUGAGUCAAACAUGCUGAGCAGCCUGGAGGCUUCCUGCACCUCCACGUUUCCACAGAUGUUCAAGGUAAUAAAAUGAUUGGGGGAGAGAAGUUCAUAACACAUGAACCAACAAGAUCCUCCACAGCC